UAUCCUCGAGUACAACUAUACCCUUUAACCCUAAUUGUUCCUCGCUCGCGACUCCUUCCUUCUUCUCCGCUCGGCGAAACGGGAAACUAAUCUAUCCGCUAAUCUGGUUUCAGAGGAGUUUCGAUUUCGGUUUCUGACUGAAGAGAGCAAUAAGAUGUCAGGUGUCUAUGGUCAAGAAGGCGACGGAUCUGGUGCGGGUGGGGGUGGUGAUUACGGAGGUGGAAGAUACGGCGGUUCUGAAGGCGGAGGAUACGGAGGCUAUGGCGGCGGUGGAGGUUAUGGUGGGGGUGGAUAUGGAGGCGGCGGUGGAGGUUAUGGUGGUAGAGGCGGCGGUGGAGGCUACGGUGGCAGAGGAGGCGGAGGAUUCGGUGGUAAUCGAGGGGAUCGUGGUGGACGUGGAGGUGGAGGCGGUGGAAGAGGAGGCGGCGGUGGCCGCGGCGGUGGAAGCGGCAGGGAUGGAGAUUGGCGUUGCCCUAAUCCUAGUUGUGGGAAUGUGAAUUUUGCCCGAAGAACAGAAUGUAACAGAUGUGGUACAGCAUCUCCAGCUGGUGGAGAGGAUCGUGGGGGUAGAGGCGGUGGUAGCAGAGGUGGAAGAGGUAGCGGUUUUGAUGGGAAUCGUGGUGGAAGAGGUAAUUAUCAUGAUGGUGGCAGUGGCCGCAGUGGUAAUGGUUAUGGUGGUGGAAAUGGUAGAGGCCUAGGAAGAGAUGAUGGUGGUUAUGGACAGGGUCCUUCAGUUGAGCCUCCUUAUGGUGCACCUCCUGCUAAUGCUUAUGGUGGGAACCCUAACUAUGCUCCUGAUGCUGUUCCUCCUCCAUCAAGCUAUACUGGGGGCCCUGAUUCAUAUCCUCCAUCAUAUGGUGCCCCUACAAAUUAUAGUAGCGAUGCUCAUGGUGAUAGCCGAGGUGCUGAACGAAGUGGGCCUCCCGGUAGGUAUGGUGGGGGUCGAAAUCCCGGGGGUUAUGGUGGGCCUCCAGUUGAAACUAAUGAAAAAGUCAAACAGUGCGAUGAAAAUUGUGGCGAUUCCUGUGACAAUUCAAGAAUUUAUAUAUCAAAUCUGCCUCAAAAUGUCACCAUUGAUGAGCUUAGGGAAUUGUUUGGGAGCAUUGGCCAAGUUGCAAGAAUCAAACAAAAGCGAGGAUUCAAGGACCAGUGGCCGUGGAGCAUUAAAAUAUACCAGGAUGAACAAGGAAAUAGUAAAGGAGAUGCAGUAUUAUCUUAUGAAGAUCCAUCAGCAGCUCAUGCAGCUGGUGGAUUUUUUAAUGAUUAUGACCUGAGAGGACACAAAAUUAGCGUUUCAAUGGCUGAAAAAUCUGCUCCAAAGGCUCCCUCAUAUGGUUCUGGUGGUGGCAGAGGUAACUACGGGGCUGAUAGACGGAGAGACAACUACAGAGAUGGUGGUUCUCACCAUGGUGGAAACCGUUCGCGUCCAUACUAAACAAUCAUCGAGAAGGGCUAUUAAUGUACUAUUAUAUGUUGAUGGGAGGUGUUUUUACUUAUUAUUCCGUUAGCGGAUUUGUUCUCUAACUGGAGAUGAGAGGUAGGUUGUUCAUUCCCUGAGCAAUACUUCUUUUUCUCCAUUCAGAGGUGGGAAGUUAUUUAUAUAUGACGUGGGAUUGAUUUA